AUGAUAGACAGUGCUCCAAAGCAUCACAACUCUCAGCUGCCUUCACCAGCCUUGUCAAACCCUGCUUCAUCUGAGAACAAGCAUCAUGCUCGACCUGGUCAACACCAUGAAAUCCCAUUUGAGGGCUUGCCAUCCAAGGCAGCAUGCUGUGGAGAGCAGACAAGGGCCUUGACAGUUAGUGCAUCUAAUACACUGACCGCCACGCCCAGCAUUGCCUCAAGCAGGGACACCAGUACUGAUUGUGAAGAUCACAUCUCUGUCCUCCCUGGUCUGAACUGGCAACCACAACAUAAAAGAAAGCAACUGAGAUCAAACUCACCCCCCCCCACCAUUCCUGGUGAGGCACAGGAGAUUUUCGGCCACAGCAUCAUCUGUAUUCAACCACAUGGCCAGCAGCAUGCAUAUUUCCUUACAUUUCUUCCAGAUGCCAUUGAUCAUCUGCCAUCCCACAUCCAACCCCAGUCAGCCCCUGACCAGCCAUUAUUCACCAAACAUGCUACCCACACCUCAUCAAAAGCAUGUGCAGUCAAGAAAGGAAAUGUGCAGUUAGCCCAUUGCCAGACCCAGAAUCAGAGAGUCAGCCCCAAAACUCAGAAUAAUCAUUCAACGCGCCACAAGAAUUCUAGGAAAGGGAAGCCAUGGUUACCAGAGGAAGAGGAACUCUUGAUGGAGUUAAGAAGGAAUUGGGGGCUUCCUUGGUCAACAGUGACCAGAUUGUUCUUGGAUCAAUAUCAGGGAAGAAGUCAAGGUUCUAUUCAGGUAUAUUGGAGCACAAAUCACAAGAGGCUACUAUAA